AGGAGGACCGGUCAUUUUGAAAGAACGGAUGAUCAUUCUACCGUGAGUUCCAUCUCUACAUCCCUGUUUCACUUUUUAGAUCUCAAAGUCGAGCAUUGAUGAUGACGUCCAAGGAGCAAUUGAUCCGCGCCGGCGGUGUAGGGACGAUGUACGUGCAGAUGCACUCAGAGUCUUCAACGUUGCCGUCGAUGUCGUCAUCUUUGCUGACGCCUCAGCAACAGCAGCAGAGAUCCGAGGCGGCUCAUAUUUUUGAUGAGUUGCCUAAGGCUACCAUCGUCCAGGUGUCUCGUCCCGACGUUGCCGAUAUCAGCCCCAUGCUUCUUACUUAUACGAUUGAGUUUAAAUACAAACAGUUCAAAUGGCGACUAGUCAAGAAGGCAUCACAAGUAUUUUAUUUACAUUUUACAUUAAAGAGGCGGCUAUUUAUUGAGGAAAUUCAUGAGAAGCAGGAACAGGUUAAAGAAUGGCUUCAAAAUUUAGGAAUUGGGGAAAUCAUACCUCUUAUGCAAGAUGAUGAUGACCCAGAUGACGAGACUCUUCCAAUGCGUGCAGAUGAAAGUGCAAAAAAUAGAGAUGUUCCAUCUAGUGCUGCUCUUCCAAUAAUCCGCCCCACACUUUUAAGGCAACAUUCUAUGUCAGACAGAGCGAAAGUAGCAAUGCAGGGGUACUUAAAUCACUUUCUUGGGAACAUAGAUAUUGUAAAUUCACAUGAGGUUUGCAAGUUUUUGGAGGUUUCAAGUUUGUCCUUCUCUUCAGAGUAUGGUCCUAAGCUUAAGGAAGAUUACAUUAUGGUUAAACAUUUACCCAAGAUACAGAGCGGUGAUGAUCAUGCAAAAUGUUGUUCAUGUAAUUGGUUCAGCUGCUGUAAAGACAACUGGCAGAAGGUAUGGGCUGUAUUGAAGCCAGGAUUCUUGGCCUUCCUUAAGGAUCCAUUUGACACUCAGCCUUUAGAUAUAGUUGUUUUUGAUGUGUUGCCUGCCUCAGAUGGGAGAUUAUCAUUGGCUAAAGAAGUAAAGGACGGCAAUCCAUUGCGCCAUUAUUUUAGGGUGUCUUGUGGGACACGAAGCAUCAAGUUAAGAGCAAAGAGUAGUGCUAAAGUUAAAGAUUGGGUUGCUGCAAUAAAUGAAGUUGGACAUAGACCACUUGAGGGUUGGUGUCAUCCUCACCGCUUUGGGUCUUUUGCUCCUCAACGAGGCUUACUGGAAGAUGGCAGCCAGGCACAGUGGUUUGUUGAUGGUCGGGCUGCAUUUGAGGCCAUUGCUCUAGCAAUAGAGGAAGCAAAAUCAGAGAUAUUCAUUUGUGGCUGGUGGCUUUGCCCAGAGAUGUACAUGCGGCGCCCCUUUGAUACCCAUUCUUCCUCCCGGAUUGAUUAUUUAUUGGGAGCAAAGGCGAAACAAGGUGUUCAGAUUUAUAUUCUGCUAUACAAGGAGGUUGCUCUUGCUUUAAAGAUCAACAGUGUUUAUAGCAAGCGAAAGUUGUUAGAAAUCCAUGAAAAUGUUAGAGUACUGCGCUAUCCUGACCAUUUUUCAAGUGGUGUUUAUUUAUGGUCUCAUCAUGAAAAAAUUGUCAUUGUUGACCAUCAAAUUUGUUUUAUUGGGGGCCUAGAUCUUUGCUUUGGUCGUUAUGAUUCAUUUGAACAUGAAGUUAGUGAUUGUCCUCCUCUUAUUUGGCCCGGAAAAGACUACUAUAAUCCAAGGGAAUCUGAACCAAACACGUGGGAGGAUACCAUGACAGAUGAGUUGGACCGGAGAAAAUAUCCGCGCAUGCCAUGGCAUGAUGUCCAUUGUGCUUUGUGGGGACCACCGUGCCGUGAUGUGGCUCGGCAUUUUGUGCAGCGCUGGAACUAUGCCAAGAGGAACAAAGCUCCAAAUGAGCAAGCGAUUCCACUACUAAUGCCUCGGCAUCACAUGGUUAUUCCCCAUUACAUGGGAGUCAGCACCGAGACCCACACUGGAUAUAAAGAAGUUAUUGGCAAUAUCAAAAAACAAGAUUCAUUUUCCUCUCAAUCGUCUUGCCAAGACAUUCCUUUGCUCAUGCCUCAAGAAGCUGACGAUAUGGAUAUUAUGGGUGAACCAAAGUCAUGUGGGUUCAGCCCUGGGUAUGAUUUCCAUGACCAGCCAAGUGGGACAGCUAGCAUUCUUUUUCCUUCACAGAAGGCAAAAUUAGAACCUUUUUCGCCAGGCAUGCCAAUGCAAGGAUUUGUGGAUGAUGUCAAUACCAUGGAUCAUCAGAGAAGGUUGUCUUCCAGUUUGAUGCAUCCUGGAACUACAACUUCAGAUAAGGAAUGGUGUGAAAUACCGGAGUGCAGUAGUCAAGUUUUUCAGUCAGGUGAAACUGGGCAAGUUGGUCCCCGUGCUCGAUGUCGAUGUCAGAUCAUAAGGAGUGUCAGUCAAUGGUCAGCUGGAACAAGCCAGAAUGAAGAAAGCAUACACAAUGCAUACUGUGCUCUUAUCGAGAAGGCAGAACACUUUAUUUACAUUGAGGGGGGUUGAGUGUUAGGAAUCAGAGAUCAGAGGCGGUCAAGCGGAAGCGAACAAACACACACACACAAAUAGCAGAAAAUAAGAACACGAGAUUUAACGUGGUUCGGUCAGUAACCUACUCCACGGGUUGCAACUAGGGUUUAUCUUUUAUUAGGUGCUCACAGAUUAUAGUUACAUGAUUGGGUAUUUAUAAGAUAUAAAUUAGGGUUAACAAC